AUGUACGGCACGGGUACUGGCGCCCAGACGGGCGUGUCGACCCCUCGGUCUUCCGCCUCUCUCCGACCUCUGACCGUGUCCCACGGCACUCUCGAAACCUCUUUCCUCAUCCCUACAAGCCUCCACUUCCACGCCCUCCAACUAAAAGACCGCUUCAGUGCGAGUCUUCCACCACCAACCGACGAGCUCGCGCAAGAUGACGAGCCAUCUUCCACGCCUGAGCUGGUGGCCAGGUACAUGGGUUUCAUUGCUGAAGAGGUCGAAAAGGGCGAAGAUGACUCUCAGGGCUCUUACGAGGAUGUGCUCAAGUUGAUUCUCAACGAAUUCGAGCGGGCCUUCCUCCGCGGCAACGAUGUCCACGCAUUGGUUGCAACUCUGCCUGGCAUCGACGCAAAGAAGUCCGAGGUCCUCCGCAGCUACUACGCCUCAAGGUCGGUGCUGAACAGGGCUGUCCGCCCCCACCAGUCUGCUCUCUUCCGCGCAUCUGAGGAAGGGGAUGCCUCCAUCUAUAACAUUUUUGGUGGCCAGGGCAACAUCGAGGAGUAUUUCGAGGAGCUGCGGGAGCUGUGGCAAACCUACCCAUCCUUCGUUGGGGACCUCAUCUUGACCGCUGCCGAGCAGCUGCAAACUCUGGCUAACAACCCAUCGGCCGAGAAGCUGUUCACUAAGGGUCUGGACAUCAUGAACUGGCUGCAAAAUCCAGAAGCCACCCCGGAUGUGGAAUACCUGAUCACCGCUCCUGUGAGCUUCCCACUGAUCGGACUUGUGCAGCUGGCGCAUUACGAGGUCACCUGCAAGGCCCUCGGAAUCCACCCAGGCACGCUGAGGGAACGAAUUAGUGGUACGACUGGUCACUCUCAAGGUGUUGUGAUGGCAGCUGCCACUGCCGCGGCCGACUCUUGGGAGACUUGGCCAGAAAUCGUCAAGUCUUCCCUCUCGAUCCUUUUCUGGAUCGGUGCUCGCAGCCAGCAGACUUUUCCUCGGACUUCCAUGACUCCUUCGGUGCUGCAGGACUCGAUCGAGAACGGCGAGGGGACUCCCACGCCCAUGCUGAGCAUUCGUGACCUCUCGCAAGAUCAGGUCCAAACGCACAUCGACGCAACCAACAAGUACCUGCCCGCCGACCGACACAUCGCCAUUUCACUCAUCAACAGCCCGCGCAACAUGGUCGUGACCGGACCUCCCAUGUCCUUGUACGGUCUCAACUUGCAGCUCCGGAAAGUCAAGGCACCUACGGGUCUUGACCAAACACGGAUUCCGCACACGCAGCGGAAAGUCCGAUUUGUCAAUCGAUUCCUGCCGAUUACUGCUCCUUUCCACAGCAAGUACCUCGCUGAGGCGACGUCUCUGAUCGAUGAAGACCUCAAGAACAUCAAGAUCGAUGCUGAGUCGCUUGCCAUCCCCGUUUACGACACCAACACUGGGAAGGACAUCCGCGAGGAAGUCAAGGGCAAUGUCGUCCCAACCUUGAUCCGUCUGAUCACUCGCGACACCGUGAACUGGGAGAAGGCGACAAUUUUCGAGAACGCGACCCACGUCCUGGAUUUCGGCCCAGGUGGUGUUUCCGGCCUCGGCAUCCUCACCAGCCGUAACAAGGAAGGCACCGGUGUCCGCGUCAUUCUCGCUGGCACCGUCAGCGGAUCAGCCAACGAUGUCGGUUACAAACCCGAGAUCUUUGACCGUGACGAGGAGCAUGCUGUCAAGUAUGCUAUCGACUGGGUCAAGGAGUAUGGCCCAAGGCUGAUAAAGAACUCCAAUGGGCAGACCUUCGUGGACACCAAGAUGAGCAGACUUCUCGGCAUUCCUCCUGUCAUGGUUGCUGGUAUGACUCCUUGCACAGUGCCGUGGGACUUCGUCGCUGCCACAAUGCAAGCCGGAUACCACAUUGAGCUGGCCGGAGGUGGCUACUUCGACCCCGGAAUGAUGACUACGGCGCUUCUGAAUAUCGAGAAGGCCAUUCCUGCUGGUCGUGGUAUCGGCGUGAACCUCAUCUAUGUGAACCCACGGGCCAUGCAAUGGCAAAUUCCCAUGCUCGGCCGAUUGAGAGCCGAGGGUGUGCCAAUUGAGGGCCUCACUAUUGGAGCCGGUGUUCCUUCCAUCGAGGUUGCCCAGGAGUACAUCGAAACCCUGGGUCUUAAGCACAUUUCCUUCAAGCCUGGCUCUUCUGAUGCCAUCCAGGCCGUCAUCAACAUCGCCAAGGCGAACCCUACGUUCCCUGUUAUGCUUCAGUGGACUGGCGGUCGUGGCGGAGGUCACCACUCGUUUGAGGACUUCCACCACCCGAUCCUGCAGAUGUACGGCAGGAUUCGUCGCCAAGAGAACAUCAUUCUCGUAGCUGGCAGUGGUUUUGGCGGCGCUGAGGACACUUACCCAUACAUCACUGGAGAGUGGUCAAAGAAGUUUGGCUACCCCCCGAUGCCUUACGACGGAUGCCUCUUCGGUAGCAGAAUGAUGGUGGCCAAGGAGGCGCACACGAGCAAGGACGCCAAGAAGGCCAUCGUCGACGCUGAAGGUGUUGAGGACAGCGAGUGGGAGAAGACAUACCAGGCACCCACUGGUGGUGUUCUUACGGUUCGCUCCGAGAUGGGUGAGCCCAUCCACAAGCUUGCCACCCGUGGUGUUAGGUUUUGGGCUGAGAUGGACCAAAAGAUCUUCAGCGUGCCGAAGGAGAAGCGUGUCGCUGAACUCAAGAAGAACCGCUCCUACAUUAUCAAGAAGCUCAACGAAGAUUUCCAGAAAGUCUGGUUUGGCAAGAACAAGGCUGGGGAGUCUGUCGAUCUCGAGGACAUGACCUACGGUGAGGUCGUGCGCAGGCUGGUUGAGCUUCUGUACGUGAAGCACCAGUCCCGCUGGAUCGAUCCUACCUUCACCAAGUUGACCGUAGACUUCAUCCACCGUGUGGAGGAGCGCUUCACGUCCACGACAGGCAACGCCUCUCUUCUGCAGAGCUACUCCGAACUUGCCGAGCCAUUCGCUGCUGUUGAGAAGAUUCUUGCGCAAUACCCCGAGGCCGACAAGCAGAUCAUCAACGCCCAGGAUGUUCAGUACUUCUUGAACCUGUGCAUGAACCCAUUCCAAAAGCCAGUGACCUUCGUGCCAGCCUUGGACGAUAACUUCGAGUUCUACUUCAAGAAGGAUUCCCUCUGGCAAUCUGAGGAUUUGGAUGCUGUGAUUGGACAGGACGUUGGUCGGACGUGUAUCCUGCAAGGACCAACGGCGGUCAAAUACUCCAAGAUUGCCGACGAGCCCAUCAAACAGAUUCUCGACGGCAUCCAUAAUGGCCACAUCAGCUACUUGACCCGCGACAUGUACAACAAUGAUUCGACCAAGAUCCCUGUCAUCGAGUACUUCGGCGGCAAGCUCGUUGACUCCGAGAUUCCUAUCGACUCCGAGGGCGUUACUGUGUCAUAUGAUAACAACAAGAACACCUACCGCGUCUCAAACUCGCCCUCGGCGGUGCUGCCUUCCAUUGAGGAUUGGCUUGCGCUUCUCGCCGGACCAAAGCGUUCUUGGCGACAUGCUCUUCUGUUGUCCGAGGUUGUCGUCCAAGGUCAGAAAUAUCAGACAAACCCCAUGAAGAGGAUCUUUGCACCUGCUCGUGGAUUGUACGUGGAGAUCUUGUAUCCAAACACCCCGGACAAGACGACCAUUGUUGUCAAGGAGCAGCCCCGCCACAACCAAUACGUGGAUGUCAUCGAGGUCAAGAUGACUGCAAACAACAAGAUUGUGGUCAACAUGGUUAAGGACACAACGGCCCUCGGCAAACCAGUUUCGCUCCCUCUCGAGUUCAUUUACCACCCUGAGGCUGGUUACGCACCCAUCCACGAAGUCAUGGACGGACGCAAUGACCGCAUCAAGGAGUUCUACUGGCGAGCUUGGUUCGGUGAUGAGAAAUUGGACCUCGAUGCCCUUGUUACUGGCAGGUUCGAUGGUGGCAAAGCGACCGUCACGAGUGAGGCCAUCAACGACUUCGCGCAUGCUGUCGGCAAUCACGGCGAAGCAUUCAUUGACCGACCAGGCAAGAUCAUGUAUGCGCCCAUGGACUUCGCCAUUGUUGUUGGCUGGAAGGCUAUCACCAAGCCUAUCUUCCCUCGCAAGAUUGACGGCGACUUGCUGAAGCUUGUCCACCUGUCGAAUGAGUUCCGCAUGAUGCCUGGUGCUGAGCCGCUGAAGAAGGGCGACCAGUUGACGACCACUGCUCGUGUCAAUGCUGUCAUCAACCAAGAUUCCGGAAAGAUGGUCGAGGUCUGCGGUACCAUUCAACGCGAUGGCGAGGAUGUCAUGGAGGUGACGUCUCAAUUCCUCUACCGCGGUAACUACACCGACUUCGAGAACACAUUCCAGCGCAAGACAGAGACGCCUAUGCAGAUUCAUCUGUCCACGGCCAAGGAUGUCGCUGUCCUCAAGUCGAAGGAGUGGUUCCAAGUCGAUGAUAAGGCACUUAACCUGGACCUCCUCGGCAAGGUCUUGACAUUCCGCCUGGAGUCACUCGUUCGUUACAAGACAAAGACUACCUACAGCAGCGUCGAGACUCGCGGCCAGGUGCUCCUUGAGCUUCCGACGAAGGAGAUUGUACAGGUCGCAUCUGUUGAUUACUCGUCGGGCGUGUCGCACGGCAACCCAGUCAUCGACUACCUUCAGCGCAAUGGAGCAUCCAUCGAGCAGCCUGUCAUGUUCGAGAACCCGAUCCCUCUGAGCGGAAAGACACCUCUGCAGCUCAGAGCUCCAGCGUCCAACGAAGGGUACGCACGUGUGUCUGGUGACUACAACCCCAUCCACGUUUCGCGAGUCUUCGCGACCUAUGCCAACCUGCCCGGGACUAUCACCCACGGCAUGUUCUCGAGCGCCGCUGUGCGAAGUCUCGUAGAGACCUGGGCGGCCGAGAACAACGUGGGCCGUGUCCGAAGCUUCCACGCUUCCCUCGUGGGCAUGGUGCUGCCCAACGAUGAGAUCCAGGUCAAGAUGCAGCAUGUGGGUAUGGUGGCUGGACGCAAGAUCGUCAAGGUCGAGGCUAGCAACAAGGAAACCGAAGACAAGGUUCUUCUUGGCGAGGCCGAAGUCGAGCAGCCUGUGACAGCCUACGUCUUUACCGGACAAGGCUCUCAGGAGCAGGGCAUGGGUAUGGAUCUGUACAACAACAGUCCUGUGGCCAAGGAGGUCUGGGACCGCGCAGACAAUUAUCUCAUGGAUACCUAUGGCUUCGCCAUUACCAACAUUGUGAAGAACAACCCCAAGGAGCUCACGAUCCACUUCGGUGGUCCCCGCGGAAAGGCUAUCCGGGCCAACUACAUGGCAAUGACCUUCGAGACGGUGGCAGCAGACGGUUCCAUCAAGUCUGAGCGUAUUUUCAACGAAAUCAGCGAGAGCACACCGUCCUACACGUACAAGUCGCCCAGCGGUCUCUUGUCCGCAACUCAGUUCACGCAGCCUGCCCUGACGCUCAUGGAGAAGGCAAGCUUCGAGGACAUGAAGGCGAAGGGUCUUGUCCCCCGCGACAACACGUUUGCCGGGCACUCCCUUGGCGAGUAUAGUGCUCUUGCUGCGCUGGCCGAAGUUAUGCCAAUCGAGUCCUUGGUCUCGGUCGUUUUCUAUCGUGGUCUGACGAUGCAAGUCGCUGUGGAGCGCGAUGCCUCUGGCCGCUCCAACUACUCCAUGUGUGCUGUCAACCCUAGCCGUAUCUCCAAGACGUUCAACGAGGAGGCGCUCCGGUUCGUUGUUGCCAACGUUGCCGAGGCGACUGGCUGGCUGCUGGAGAUUGUCAACUUCAACAUCGCCAACAUGCAGUACGUGUGCGCUGGUGACCUUCGCGCCCUGGACACGCUGGGCUUUGUCUGCAACUACCUGAAGGUGCAGAAGAUCAACAUCGAGAAGAUGAUGGGUGAGAUGUCCAUCGAAGAGGUGAAGGGCCACCUUGUGCAGAUCAUCCAGGAGGGCGCAUCGCAGACCGAGAAUAAGCCACAGCCUCUGGAGCUCGAGAGAGGAUUUGCCACGAUCCCUCUCAAGGGCAUCGAUGUGCCAUUCCACUCGACUUUCUUGCGCAGCGGUGUCAAGCCCUUCCGGUCGUUCCUGCUCAAGAAGAUCAACAAGACCACCAUCGACCCGUCCAAGCUGGUGGGCAAGUACAUCCCCAACGUCACGGCCAAGCCAUUUGCCCUGACCAAGGAGUACUUUGAGGAUGUGUACAAGCUGACCAACUCGCCGCGUAUUGCCAAUGUGCUGGCGAACUGGGAGUCCUACCAAGGCGAGGGCACCGGACCAGCCGAAGGUAUCAACGGCGCAGCUAGUGUUAACGGCACUACCAACGGUGUGCACUCGGACUAG